CAACGGCAAAGCUUCCGGGUUGGGAGAAAGGUGGCGACGUUUCAAAGGGCUAAUGUUUAAAAUGUGAAAAUAAACAACCGUUGUCACGGUUCCCUAAAGGAAUAGAAUGGAAGGAGAAUCAAGCAGAUUUGAAAUCCAUACUCCAAGUUUUGACAAGAAAAAGAAAAAGUAUUCUGUAUAUAAGGAAAGACCCCGAAAACGUGCCCAGGGAUAUUUCAGAGACUCCUCCUCAGCAGGUGACCAGCCUUACGUAACUAAGAAGAAGAAGAGGAGGAAAGAUUUCCAGCAUCUCACCUCUCCUGUGGAAAAAUCAGAACUCUGCGAUGAAACUGAAAAGGCGAACUCUACGCACAAAAAGAAGAAAAAGAGGAGAGAUGUUGUUUGGGGAGUAGAUGAGGAAACAGGCGUUGUACACGUCCUUGUAGAUAAAGAAAACAUUGAGAACAUGUCAAAGAAUUUUACAAAAGAUGUGGAUGUUGUUUAUGUUGCCGUGAGCAAGGAACCAAAAUCAGAAAAAGUAGGCAAAGCAGAUAAACUGUGUACAGUUGCUAAGUCAUGUCAAAAUGAGUCAGAAGAACUGCAUAACGAAAAUAGGGGAGAAAAGAAAAACCGUCCAAGGACAAUUGCAUCCUGGGAUGUCACACAGGAAAGCCAGGAGGCAAGCAUUGCCCCUCCCCAAUCAGAAUCGCACAUCCAACAGUCCUUGCCUUCUGUGGAUCUCAAAGGUGAAGUGACAGAACUACUAGUGUCUGCUGGUAAAAACAAGUCUAAGAAAAAAAGGAAAAAACUGUCAGAUAACCCAGAAUUGGAGACAUUAGCUAUGCCUGAGAGUUUUGGUCACACAUGUCUUGAAGGGUCACAGGUGGUUAGAAAGGUUGGUGGGACUGGAGAAGGAGGCGAUGUACUUAAAAGGGUCAAGGGAUCCAACAGGAAAAAGAAGUCUAAGAAAAGGAAACGUGUGUCUGCCGAAAACGCAGUAGCAACUGGUGAUGGUGUUUCAGAGCUUGAUAAGAACACUGAGCACACACUUUCUGACUCACUGGAAAGCAAGGAUGGUACCAUGAUGGAAGAAAGUGUGAACCCCAGGCUGCAGAAGGAGAGGACCCAGGCCUCCCAGGCUUGUUCAGGAGAGAGGUGUGUGGAAGAAGUGCAGAGGUUAGAACCUACAAACGAAGAAGAAGGCAAUUUGGAAUCUGCUGGAGAUUCUGAAACAAGACCCUUCUCUGAGGACUGGAGGGAUUCUGAGGACUCCGAGGUGGAUUUGGACUUUGCCGUGAAGCAGCUCCAAGAGUUCAUUCCUGAUAUAAGGGAAAGGGCGCCCACCACCAUUAAGCGGAUGUAUCGGGAUGACCUGGGGCGCUUUAAGGAGUUUAAAGCGCAAGGUGUUGCUAUUAGAUUUGGCAAGUUUUCUGUGAAGGAGAAUAAGCAGAUAGAGGAAAAUGUGCAAGAAUUCCUAUCCCUGACAGGCAUUGAGAAUGCGGACAAGCUGCUGUACACAGACAGAUAUCCAGAAGAAAAGACUACGAUCACCAAUUUAAAGAGAAAAUAUGCAUUCAGAGUGCACAUUGGUAAAGGCAUCGCCCGGCCUUGGAAACUUGUGUACUAUCGAGCAAAGAAAAUAUUCGAUGUCAAUAAUUACAAAGGCAGGUACAGUGAAGGAGAUAUGCAGAAGCUGAAGGCAUACCAUUCCCUGCACGGGAAUGACUGGAAGAAGAUCGGGGCGAUGGUGGCCCGCAGCAGCCUCUCCGUUGCCUUGAAGUUCUCCCAGAUCGGCAGUCAAACAAAUCGUGGUACUUGGAGUAAGACAGAAACCCAGAAACUAAUUAAGGCUGUUGAAGAAGUGAUUCUAAAGAAAAUGUCGCCCCAGGAGUUAAAUGAGUUGGAUUCCAAACUCCAAGAAAAUCCUGAUCAUCGCCUGUGGAUCGUUCGGGAAAAACUCUACAAGGGCAUAUCGUGGGUAGAAGUGGAAGCAAAAGUAGAAACCAGAAACUGGAUGCAGUGCAAAAGUAAGUGGAUGGAAAUCCUAACCAAGAGGAUGACUAACGGGGGGCUUGUAUACCGUGGAGUCAAUGCUCUUCAGGCCAAAAUCAACCUUAUUGAAAGACUGUAUGAACUCAAUGUGGAAGAUGCUAAUGAAAUAGAUUGGGAAGAUCUUGCUGGUGCCAUAGGUGACGUGCCUCCAUCUUAUGUUCAAACUAAAUUUUACAAGCUGAAGGCUGCCUGUGUUCCCUUUUGGCAGAAAAAGACUUUUCCAGAGAUCAUCGACUACCUCUAUGAGACUAGUCUGCCUUUGCUUAAAGAAAAGUUAACAAAGAAGAUGGAGAAAGAAGGCACUAAAAUCCAGACUCCCUCAACACCCAAGCAGGAUUUCCUGUUUAAAGACAUCUUUUACUGCGAAGACGACAGUGAGGGAGAAGACAUCUCAGAACAAAGUUAAGUUAAGUGCUAGGUGUGUGUUCACUCAGUGCGGCUAACCUCAGAUGGAUGUGUGGAUCUGCUGUGCACCUCAUCUUCCUGACUAGGCGGCCUUGGCCACAUGACUGCAUCUCACCUACGGUGUCCCUCAAGGCAACUCUGUCGGUGCUUGGCUGCUUCUCUGUUGUUUGUAGAAGAACUGGCUCCAUUAGGCUCAUUGAAAGAGGCCAUUGGUCUUGGGCACAACUCCUGUUGAAGUCUGUCUGUCUGACACAUACACACACACACACACACACACACACUGCUUUUUCUCUACUAUUUGAGCCACACCCCAGCCCUCCUGGGUACUUUUGAGGCUCCUCUGUCAGUCAAGAAGUCAAAACUACUACAGAUACUUCAAACAAAGCAGAACUUACUAUAUGGAUUUAAGUCACAUAGAUUGCCAAAUGGCAGGCCAGGCAUGGAAGCUCACACUUGUAAUCCCAGUUACUCAGGCAGAGAUUGGUUAGGAUUGCAAUUGGAGGGCAGUCUGGGCAAAAGUUAGCGAGACCCCAUCUCAGCAAACAAACUGGGUGUGGUGGAGCACAUCUGUGAUCCCAGCUAUGUGGGAAGGGGUUGGGGGAAGUUCAUGGUCCACAUCUGGCUCCCAGUGAAAAUCAUGAGACUGUGAAGGACUAGGAGUGAGGCCAAAAUGGUGGAGUGUUUCCUAACAAGUGCAAGGUGCAAGGCCCCAUGUUCAACCCCAGCA